AUGUUUCCCAGGGCACCACGCCUUUGGGCUCUUCUCUGGCUGGCCUUGGCUUUGCACCUCGCCGUCGCCCACAGCUUUCAACAGCUCGACACGAGACAGGAAGGCAGCGGCUCCAGGAUAAGGCCGGUUCCCAAGUUCUCUCCUGAGCCCAACGACGAUGGUCUGCAAAGUGGCGAUGGCGACUUUGCCGGCAUAGCGCCAUCCUCAACCACGGAUGCUCCCAGAAGAACCGCCUCCGCCGCAAGCCAGAGGCCGUCCGCCACGGACGCUGCGUCAGACUCGUCUUCCUCGGCCCCUUCCUCGACCUCUUUCUCACCCGCCGCCUCUGCCGCCGCCACCGCAACGAUUCCCGAUGGCCAGCUCCCGCUCACCCCCGACAUCACGCCGGGAUGGGGUGUCUCUGGCGUCGUCAUGCUCCUCACGGGGCUCACUUACACCCUUGUCGGCAUCAAGAACCGAUGGAUCCAUACCUUCUUUUCCACGGCCUACAUCACGGCCCUCGGCGUCGCCGUCCUGAUAGUCUAUGUCAUGACCGUUCCCGUCAGCAAUGCCGUCCAGGGCGGAUACGUCGUGGCCGUCGUCCUGUCGGGCUGUGCCGUCGGCGCCGCCUCCAUGUUCUUCAAGGAGCUGACCGAGGGUCUGGGAUGCGCCCUCGGCGGCUUCUGCGUCAGUAUGUGGCUGCUGUGCCUCGUGCCCGGGGGUCUGCUCCGCCCCGUCCCGGCAAAGGCCAUCUUCAUCUCCGCCUUUACCCUGGUGAGCUUCGCCUUUUACUUUAGCCGUUGGACCCGCGACUGGGCUCUCAUCCUCGCCAUUGCCUUCUCGGGUGCCACAAUCACCGUCCUGGGCCUUGACUGCUUCACCCGCGCCGGCCUCAAGGAGUUUUGGGCCUACAUCUGGAACGUCAAUGCCAAUCUGUUCCCGCUCGGAGCCGACACCUAUCCCGUCACCAAGGGCAUCCGGGUCGAAGCGGCGGCCAUAGUCAUCAUCUUCCUCGUGGGCAUCAUUUCCCAGAUCAAGCUGUGGAGAAUUGUCCGCGAGAAGCGCGAGAAGAGAGCGGUGGAGCGCGCCGAGGGCCAACGGAACCUGGAGCUCGAAGAAGAGAAUGUCGGCCGCCAGAUCGAGGAAGCCAACGCCCGCGAACGUCGGCAGUGGGAGCGCGUCUAUGGCCACGGGCUCUCCGGCAGCGGCACCGAUUCUCGCAUGUCAGAUCUCGGCGACACCGGGAGCGAGAAGAAGUUGAGGGACAGCCACACGACGUCAUACAGGUUGCGCUCCUCGGUCGAGGUCAUGGACAUGGCCGCAAUGUCGGAAUCUGACCAAUCACGCAGCGGGCACAAUCCCCUCAUGGUCGCCGAAGACACGCGAGACGGCAAGGUGACUGUGCGAGUGGGAGUCGAUGACGUCCCGGACACCCCCACAGACGUCGGCGAAGAGCUCGACGAAAAGGUCAAGGCCAUGGUCGAGAGACAGAUCGCGUCGCCGUCAAGCAAGCGCCUUUCCCAGAGGACCACCACGAGCAAGCGCGUCUCCCAGGCGCAGACUGCCACGGAAGCACCCGAGGUCGUCCCCCUCCCCUUCAGCGUCCCGGCCCAUGAAGAGUCGAGGCUCGAGGACGAUCGGUCCUCGAUUGCGACCUUUGCCGCCGACGAUGCCGAGCAAUCUCCCGUGCACCCUCAGCGGCGCUCCUUGGCUAAGAAGCUCUCUCGCGGCUCUCUCUCGCUGCUCAGAAGCAUCUCUCAAAUGUCCGGCCGUGAGGACCCGGCCCGCGACAGCGGCGAGAGCCUGGAAGAGCUGGUUGUCCCUAAGACGCACAGACAACUGGACGACAAUGGAUCAUUGGCGGCAACCAUCGAUGGGGAAAGCGUCAGUGGCGACGACGGGCGCUCUGUCCUGAGCAUGGACGCGCGCAAGAGCAUUGAGAUCAACGCGCAGCUCUGUGACGGGGAAAAGAAGGUCACUGCCGAGACUCCAGAGCCACGCCCGCUCUCACCCGCCGCUGCCCUCGGGAACAAGACGCCAGCAGACUCCGACGAUAGAUUGCCGGCCGCAUCGUCAGGCGCUGCCGAGCAGCCGAGUGCAGAGGCGGCGGAAGACUCGGCUGUAGCCGUGCCUCUGGACAAGGCCAAGUCGACGACGUCCAACUCGUCGACGCCAGUGAGCCUGACGAAGGACCGCCUGCCCCACUCCCUGUCUCGGGUGGCCAUGUCUUACCGCACCAACGAAUGGGCCAAGCACCUCAGCUACGCCGAUCCCCCUGAUCUUGACGAGCUGCGUGUUGCUGCACCCGCUCGACCUGUCAAGGCCGACAAAGAAAGGUCUGUCCCCGUCAACGUGACGGAGCUUCAGAAGACAGCCGUGGAAGGGACGCCGGAGCCGGUCAUCAUUCGAUCCGAUUCAAGGGCGUCGAAUUUGUCGUAUGUGCCGAGCGUCUCGCGACGCACCUCGAAGCGCGAACGCCCAUCCAGCAUCGUCGCGCAGGAGAGGGACUCACCAGCUCGAAACCAAGGCUCCACCGCGGCGGCACCGGGCUCGACAGGCCUCGUGCGCUCGACGUCGUCUUCGACACAGAUACGGAGGUCGUCCUCGGGGUUGAGGCCGUCCGUGGCGGAUCGCCCAAUGGCCGCGGCCGCCGUGGCGGAGCCCAUUCCCGAAGAGAGGAUCGUUGCCAGGCACACAUCCAACAGCCCCUCGCUCUCGGGCAACGAAGUGUCUCACCGCUCUACGCCCUCGGCGGUCCCCGGCGUCGUGUCGUACAACAGCCCUCAAACCCUCAUCGGGCAGCGUGAUAUGUUCCUCCGAAGCAAGUCGCAGGCCAAUCUCGUUGGCGGCGAGUCCAGCUUUGCGCCCGCGAGCGAUGCCGCCUCCGUCCACAGCUCUUCCAUGUACGCAGCCGACCCUGACGAUAUUCCGCUCAGCCAGCGGAAGCAUAUCAUGCGCCAGAGCAGCAUGAUGUCCCUGCCCCAGCCCAAUCCAUCACAAGCGCACCUGCCGGGCACUGGCUUUGAGAGCAGCGACAACCUCCCCUUCAACUCGCACCAGCCGAGAAGGCAAGACCUCCGCUCGGGAACGCCCGUCAUGGCUUCGUCGGGCCGCGAGACUCCCUUUGCUCCGGCGUCGCUGCUGGCCAACCGAGAGGCCGAGGAAGCCGAGGCCCAGCGCAAGGAGUCACAGCGGCGAGACAAGGAGUUUGCCGACAGGGCGUUCGACGAGCGCAUGCGCGCCGGCGACCUGCUCGAGGCCCACCGCGACGCGAUGCGCAAGAUGCAGAAGAGCGCCCGUGAACGGUGA